UGUGUGCUUUAUUUCCAAUCAAUUCCCUGCGCCCUGUCUGUCUCCCCUGGACAUUUGCAGCAUUUGAAUGCUGCUUGACAACAAUUUUGCGAAGACUUGGACAUGGCAAGAUUAACAAAGAUCGUCAUUUUAGCAAUCUCAGUUGGCAUUUUAGCAGUGUUAUGGAGAGAUACGUUUGAACCUGAGAUACUCUCUGGAGCCCAUGUCCUGUUGACUGGAGCUAGUAAAGGGAUUGGUGAACAGAUGGCAUACCACUACGCCCAGUUCGGCAGUGAACUUGUGAUAACUGCACGAAAUAAAACUCUACUGAAACAAGUGGAGGAAAAGUGUUUGCAUCUUGGAGCUCGGAAAGUCCACUCCAUCUCCGCCGACAUGUCUGAUCCAAAGAGUGGAAAUCAAGUGGUGCAAUUCGCUCUGGAAAAACUAGGUUCUCUGAACUAUUUGGUUUUGAAUCACAUCGGAUAUGAUCCUUUACAGAUGUGGGGUGGGAACGCUGAGCACACAAGCUGGCUGAUGCAAGUCAAUUUCCUGAGCUACGUGCAACUGACUGCCGCAGCGCUGCCUUCGUUAAUCGAAACCAAAGGAUCCAUCAUUGUCGUCUCCUCUCUUUGCGGCAAGAUUGCCAUUCCAUACGCCGCUUCUUACUCCGCAUCAAAGUCUGCUUUGGAGGGAUUCUUCAAUUCCCUGCGGCACGAGCUGGUAAUACAGAAGAGGGAAGUGUCAGUCACGCUGUGCGUCCUUGGACUGAUCGACACUCAGACAGCAAUGGAGAAAAUGAGAGCCAGGGGGCUGCCGAUAGUGAGCCCCCACCCUGCUGCCGAGGCAGCGCUGGACAUUAUCCGAGGAGGAGCGAUCAGGGCAAAGGAGAUCUACAGCCCUUGGUGGGUGGAGGGGAUUGUGCGUACACGUGACUGGUUCACCGACUUGAAGGACAUGUUCAUGCACAGAUAUUUUCGGCCAAUGGAUGGGCAAUAAGCAUCAGUGUGGUGUGGUCCUGGGGAGCUGUCGAUCCUGCCACACGGCAAUAAAUGGAAAACAACAC